GCAAAACUAUAUUGACAAACACAAAAAAAAGUUAUCUUCUUGAAAGUGUUCAUUCUUGAAAAUACCAAAAAAAAAAAAAAAAAACCAUCUUUCUCAUUCAGUCUUCUUCUUCAACCUGAGAAAAAACUUCUCUUUGAGCAAACCACAAACACCCUUUUUCUUAUUUCAAACAUAUAGUACAUAAAAAGUUUCUCUUCUUUGUUGUUUUCAUUUUGUGCUAAUUUAGUGCAUACCACAAUAUAGUAUAUUGAAAAAAGUUUUCUUCUUUGGUCUCUUCAUUCUUUGAACAAAAAAAGCUCGUCUUUCCCCUUCUUCUUCAAAAACACCCUUUUCUUCUUUCAAACAUAUAUAUUACAUAAAAAAGUUCUCUUCUUUGGUGUUUUCAUUCUUGAAAAAAUAAAUUAAAAAAAGCUCUUGUCUUUACCUUUUUCUUCUUUCAAACAUGUAUGCAUAGAAAGUUCUCUUCUUUGGUGUUUUCAAUCUUGAAUUUUUUUUAAAAAAGCUCUUGUCUUUCCCCUUCUUUUUAUUAAAUUCAAACACCCUUUUCUUCUUUCAAACAUAUAACAUAAAAAGUUUUCUUCUUUGGUCUUGAAAAAACAAAAAAAAGUUGUUGUCUUUUUAUUUGAGUGUAUAGUAUGUGCAAGAAAAUGAUGCAUUAUAAGAGAUAUCAGCACUGGAAUAGGAAAGGGGAUGUUUUUGUGGUUUGUGUAGAUGAAGAAACUACCCCUAUUGGUUUAGUGUGUGGAAACUCUGGUUACAAUAACAAAAGAACUAAACCAAAACUUUUUUACCUUCUUUUUCUUUGUUUAAUCUCUUUUAGCUUUUUUUUAGCUCCUCAGUUGUUCACUUCUCAUCAUAAAAUUUCUCUCUUGUAUUCAUUUAGUUCUGAAGGAGGAAUUGUUUCUAAAUCAGAUUUUAAUGCUUGUUCCUCUGUCUCUAAUGGGUCAAUUUGCUGUGAAAGAAGCAGUAUCCGCUCCGAUGUAUGCGUGGUGAAAGGGGAUGUUAGGACGGAUUCUGCUUCCUCUAGAAUUACCCUCUACAGAAACAAUGGUCAUGAGAAUGGUGAGGUGCUUCGGCAUGAGAAGAUUAGGCCAUAUACUCGGAAAUGGGAAAAAAAUGUGAUGGACACCGUCGAUGAGUUAGACCUUGUUGUGAAGGGAGAUCAUUCCAGGAUUCAUCAAAAGUGUGAUGUUAAACAUGAUGUGCCGGCUGUGUUUUUCUCUACUGGAGGUUACACCGGUAAUCUUUACCAUGAGUUUAAUGAUGGACUUUUGCCCCUUUACAUCACUUCUCAGCAGUUCAACAAGAAGGUUGUGUUUGUAAUCCUCGAGUACCAUGCAUGGUGGAUAAUGAAGUACGAGAACGUCCUGUCUCACCUUACCGAGUAUCCUAUUAUAGAUUUUAGCGGAGAUAAGAGGACACAUUGCUUCCCUGAAGCCAUAGUUGGUUUAAGAAUCCAUGAUGAGCUAACUGUUAAUUCUUCAUUGAUGGGAAAUGAUAAGACCAUUAGAGACUUUAGAGACCUUCUAGACCGAGCUUAUUUGCCUCGGAUUAGAAGUUUGAUCCAAGAUGAGGAACGUGAUGCUCGGAUGAAUAUGGAAAAACAUGUUUCGUUACCCUCAUCCGAGACAAAGAUGGAUGGAAAACAGGAAUUGAAGAAACCUAAAGUGGUUAUAAUAGCUAGAAAUGAUUCUAGAGCUAUAAUGAACGAAGAUUCUUUGGUUAAACUAAUCAAAGAUGUUGGAUUUCACGUGGAAGUUUUGAGGCCACAACGAACAACAGAGCUCGCAAGUAUCUACCGAGUCCUUAAUUCAAGUGAUGUUAUGAUAGGAGUUCAUGGUGCUGCCAUGACACAUUUCCUCUUCAUGAGGCCUGGUUCUGUUUUCAUCCAAAUCAUUCCACUUGGAACAGAUUGGGCAGCAGGUACUUAUUACGGAGAACCAGCAGUGAAACUAGGCCUCAAGUACAUUGGAUACAAAAUUCUUCCGAAAGAGAGCUCAUUGUAUGAUGAAUAUGACAAGAAUGAUCCCGUCCUGACUGACCCUAACAGCGUGAACGAUAGAGGAUGGGAAUUCACGAAAAAGAUCUACCUUGACCGACAAAAUGUUAGGUUGAAUCUUGGAAGGUUCCGUAAAAGAUUGCUUCGAGCCUAUUAUCAUUCUGUCGCCAAUGAAAGCUUACGUUUUCGUCAUCAAAGUCAGUAACUUUUACCCUAUUGUGUGGUUCAUUAAACAUAUUUAGUCUCAAUUGUGAGAGUUCUUAGAGUUGUACAUCAUGAUUCAGAAUAAAUGAAAUGAACAUUCAUUCCU